AUGCGACGAGGCGGCCGCCGCCGCAGCGCACUCGGAUUCGGCGGCGGAGGAGCCGGACGGUCGUUUCGUCGGAUCGCGUCAUUCCGUGGUGCACGGGCGGCAAAGGGGUGUUCGCGGGCGCACACGUGCUCUGGCGCGACCGCGGUCGUUGGCCCGAAACGUUUUGGUUUGGCGGACCCCGCCGCCGCCCCCGCCCCGUCGUUGCACCUCUCCCGGCGGCGACGACCGCCACCCCGGGACCGACGGGCACGGCGGCGGCGCGGUCGCGGUGGUGCGGUACAACGAAAUGUUUUAACAAUGGCGCGCGAACACGGUGGCGGUGGCCAAAAUAUGUACUAA